CUAGAUUGAAAAGGGGCGCUGUUGCUCUUAUCUCUCUUCCCGUCGUUUAAAACCUGUAGGUUUGGCAGGUUUUUGUCCUUUUCCGUCGCCGAGCAAGAUGGCAGCAGGUACCCUGUACACGUGGAGGGACAAUUUCCGGGCCCACAAGAUCCUAAUCGCGGCCGAAUACAGCAAAUUCAAGCUCGAGGUAUGCGACGACGCCCCCGGCUUCGUGUUCGGGGCCACCAACCAGUCUGCCGCCUUCCUGAAGAAGUUCCCGCUGGGCAAGGUGCCGGCAUUCGAGACCAGCGAUGGCUCCACGACUCGCACCAUUACCGAAAGUAACGCCAUCGCCUUCUACGUCGCCAACGGUCAACUGCGGGGCGGCUCGCCCAUCGAACAGGCCCAGGUGAUCCAGUUCCUCAGUUUCGCCGACAGCGAGAUUUUGCCGCCCGCCUGCACGUGGGUUUUCCCGUGCCUGGGCGCCAUGCAGUUCAACAAGCAGGCCAACGAGCGCGCCAAGGAAGACGUCAAGAAAAUCCUGACCUACCUGAACGGCCAUCUGCUCACCAGGACCUACCUGGUCGGUGAGCGCGUGACCCUAGCUGACAUCGCCGUCUUCACCGCGCUGCUGCCGCUUUACAAGCUGGUCCUUGAACCCAGCUUCCGGGCGCCCUACGUCAACCUGAACCGUUGGUUCGACACCCUCGCCCACCAGCCCGAGUUCAACAAGGUCCUGGGUGACGUAAAGCUCUGCGACAAGAUGGCGCAGUUCGACGCCAACCUGUAUGCCCAGGUGCAGGGCAAGACCAAGGAAGGAGCGGGCGCCAAGAAGGCGGACAAAGAACCUAAGAAGGAGGCAGCGAAGCCUAAGAAGCCUGCCAAAGAGCCCGAACCCGAGGACGACGACCUCGAGCCCGCGGUCGCCGAGCCCCCCAAGAAGGACCCUUUCGAGGCAUUCCCCAAGGGUACUUUCAACAUGGACGACUUCAAGCGAUGCUACUCGAACGAGAGCGAAGCGGUCUCGGUGCCCUACUUCUGGGAGAAGUUUGACAAGGAAAACUACACCAUCUGGUACUGCGAGUACAAGUAUCCCGACGAGCUGACACAGGUGUUCAUGAGCUGCAACCUCAUCUCAGGCAUGUUCCAGCGGCUGGACAAGAUGCGCAAGCACGCCUUUGCCAGCAUGAUCCUCUUUGGUGAGGAUAACAACAGCUCCAUCUCUGGCAUCUGGGUCUGGAGGGGCCAUGAGCUGGCCUUCACGCUGUCAGAGGACUGGCAGAUUGACUACGAGUCAUACGAGUGGAAAAAGCUGGACCCCAACGCGCCUGAGACCAAGACCCUGGUCGACGAGUACUUCAAGUGGGACGGCAACUUCGGAGGCAAGAAGUUCAACCAGGGCAAGAUCUUCAAGUGAAGAGGGUCGACCCAUGCUGGCUUUUGUCCCAGGCGGCCACAAGUUUGAAACAAUGGUUUUUUUAUAUUGUGUUCUGGCAUGGCCCUCUUCAUUUUUGUCUAAUAAAAGUGGGGCAACUACGAGCUGCA